GUUUGCACUGCACUGCACUAGUAGACUACUACUGGACUGGACAACGCAGCUGGUUGGUACAAGGUGGAGAGUAGUGCUAGUGAUCAGUAGAAUCAUGACUUCCCGAACAGUGAUCACAAUAUCCCAGAGAGAAUUUCUUGUGAGGAAAUUUGAAGAAGGGAUGCACAGUUGUGGACAGAACACUCUGAAUGCUCGACAAGCUGCUGCUACUGAGACUGGCUUGACAUUAAAUACUAUAAACUAUUGGAUAAACAAUCACAAGAAACGGCACACCAGCUCUCAUUGUGACACUGUUCCUCGUGCUAGAACUAAAAAGCUGUCCACACGUAGGAAAUUAAGGCAGGCCUCUGGCUUUAAUGUCUUCAGUAAAGAGUUUCACAAACAACAAGAUCUCAAAGGGAAGACUCUCUCAGAUAAAUCAAAAUUGAUGGCAGAGGCUUGGAGAAAAAUCAGCACUGCUGAUAAGGAAAAGUACAAUGCAGUAGCAAACGAUAUUGAGGGUAGCAAUGAGGAGGAGGAUGAGGAGGAACUAACGCCGGAAAAAAAGAGGCAGCUCAUUGUUCGGGUUGCUAAGAGACAUCAGGGAGAUGCCAAUCUGCUGCAAUCACUUGGUUGUGAGAUGGCUACAAUGAUGUUUGUUGAUAAAAAGGUUUUAAGUGUGGGAACCACAGAUGGGAAAAAAUUUCUUCAAUCUCACCCUGCAAUCCUGUCAUCCUUCAGCUCCUACUUUCUGUAUGAUGACCUGUCCAAGAAACAAUUUGCUACCCCAGCCACUGCAGCCUCGGCAAGUACAACCAGUCUCAACACAAAUUCCAGCUCAUUCAAUGUUACCUCAACAAACGCAAACCCAAUCAACACCACCUCAUCUACUACAUCCAAAGCUGUUAUUUCCACUGUGAAGAAAUCAACCACUAAAACUACAACCAAAGCAACACCUUCUGGAAUCUUGUCCAAUCAAGCUAUUUCUAACACUGAUACCGUCAGUACGAUUUUUAUGAAAGGCAGAGAUGGAAGUAUUGUUGCGACAGGUACAGUGCUUCCUGGUGUACAUAAAACCAUUCAUGAUCGUCCUUGCCAAAAAGAUUGUGAAACGCUUUCCGUUGUGGAUGUUGUACAAGUUGGUGCUGAAGCUUGGUUUGAAGAUGCUUUUGGGGAAAAUAAAUUGAGCACAGGGAUCAUCGUGGAAUGGCCGAGCAGUAUGAUAUCAAACGUAGCUGAUGUCUCCCCACUUCAUACAAGAACUAAUCGCAAACGUAAAUAACCAGCUGACUAUAAAACUACUAUGAUAAUUGUUAUAAUUAUUGUAUAUACAAUUGUAAUAGGAAUGGUAAAGGUUUCCUUCCAUUUUAUUCGCGAUUCUAUAUUCUCUCUAUCUUGUGUACUGCAUGUAUACGUAAGUAAGAUUACGUUAUUAUUGUUUGUACGUACGUAUAUAAUUAUGUAUGUACAAUUGUAUGUAUGACAUAGAUAAUAAUUUAUGUCCGAGUUUAGGACUAUAUAUAUAAUUGUCAAAACUA